AUGGUUUCCAGCAGAAGGAAGACGCUUCAUCAAGCACUUCUCCAAGGCCAAGAUCAUGCUGCGCGCUGCCCUGCCAAAGAGGGUCAAGAUACAACUGCAAAAAAUGGACAAGACGGAGAGAUCGUCCAGUCGCCGAUCUCGGACCAGGAAUCUGCGGCUCCCCCCCCUUCCUGCUGUGGUUCAUUUCGAUUUGGGUUUUGCCACGGCACCAAUACACGCGACCAAGCUGCCGUUGCAGCGAAAGAUUUAACUCACCACACGCACCAGCCCGAGGUCGCCUUGUCAACCCACACGCGGCACUUAAGGCGCUUUCGCAGCAUGUCCCUCUACCGGGACCCGAUGGCCCUCAGGAGCCCGCCCUCCUCGUCGCCCGAGCUCCUGACUCUCAACCCCAACGACUUCAUCCCUGUUCUGCAUGACGACGACUUCCCGCUGGCCGAGGGCAAAGCCAUCCUGAGCUACCUAGCCGAGAGAGUUAUGUAUCGCCGCCCAAGAUUAACCCACGCUGGUGCCUCAUCAAGCCUAAAUUGCUGGUGUGCCGCCCGAGCCAAAGACUUGCCCGUGCUGCUCGACACGCUCAACAAAUGUGCAGCAGUUCUCGUGCUCCGACAUCGCCGUGUACUGCGAGUUCGUGUAGAUCCUGCUCACGGACGUCUCCGUCCUCGAGCCAAGCCCAGAGGAGAUUGCACGGGAACGACGACAAAGCGCGCCUGCUCCGCCAGCAUGUCAUCAUCGCUCGUGAAGACCGGGCUGUCUCACGACGAGGUCCACGAGCUUGACCAGCUCCUCAAGACGAAGACGAAGACCAAGACCAAGACCAAGACCAAGACCAAGACCAAGACCAAGACCAAGACCAAGAAGACCAAGACCACCACCAAGACCAAGACCAGGACCAAGAUCAACCUGUACCCCUCAAGACAGUUUCGCGUCCAGUCCCCGAAGCGCUUCAGCUUAAGGCACGGCGCCCCCCUCUUCAGAGCGGUGAAGCUUGCCGACAACACGCCGCCCUGUGCUGACUGUACCAUCAGCGUUCACAGCGAUACAUGCAAGCGCGGCAUCCAGAAGUCAUGGCAGCUUGGCAUUAAGCUGCUAUGGGGCUCGCUGGCAGCGCACACCAGACAGUUACUCCGACUUCUCGCUCGAUCGGCCGAGCGGCUAGAUCUAAUCGCGCGCAAGGCUACAAAGAAGUCACGCGUGCCAACGACCCUGCGCACACCACGCUUGGCUUCUGGAGUGCGAGUCCCCGGAAGGUCGUCACGACCCAGUGUCAUCUGGAAGCACUACCAACCACUUGGGUAUACACCCGGCUUGACCAUACAGUCAGCCACUUGGGCAUACGCCCCGCUUGACCAUACGGUUGAGCACAUUGGCCAUACAGCCUACUGGACCAUACAGUCCAGCUUCAUUCUCGGGCACACACCCACGUUCGGUUAUACAGCCAACGACCCCAGCACUCUAUGA